AAGCCUUUUGCCUCUGAGAGCUUUGAUCGACUCAAAACCUCACUAUCCUCAAAGUAUAAGCCUUUCUUCAACGAGCUGCAUCAACUGCAAAUGAAGAUUGACGUUUCCCAAAGCAUGAAAAACACUUCCAGGAAAAUGUUGGAUGCAUUUGUCGAUUCUGCGUUCCAAUUCGUUGAUCAACCAUUGCUCCCUUCUCAGAGCAACUUGGCACCUGUUGAAGAAAUUGGAGAAGCUGUUAACGUUAAUGCAAUCGAAGGAGAGAUUCCAGUAGAUUUCCCAGAGGGUGUGUACAUAAGAAAUGGUUCAAAUCCUCUAUUUGGUGGUCUAAAAUCAACAGUAUCAAGUUUUGGAAAAACAAACCAAAUUUGGGUAGAAGGAGAAGGGAUGCUUCAUGCACUUUAUUUCAGAAAGAAUGCUAGUGGGAAUUGGAUUGUUUCCUAUAAGAAUAAAUUUGUUGAGUCUGAAUCCUUCAAGAUAGAGAAAGAAAGGAACAUGCCAGUUUUCCUACCAAACUUGGAAGGAGAUUCUUUAGCUAUUUUAAUAUCAAACCUUAUCAAUGCGUUGAGACUUGGCACAAUUGCUAAACACUAUCAAAAUGUCAACAUUUUUUAUCAUUCUAGGAAGCUUUAUGCAACUGGUGACAAUUACCUACCUCAAGAGGUUGACAUAUCCACCUUAGAAAGUCUUGAUUAUUGGGAUGUUAAUGGAGCAUGGGAUCGACCGUUCACUAGCCAUCCAAAGAAAGCACCUGGUUCAGGGGAAUUGGUUAUGUUAGGUUUUGAUGGGAUGAAACCUUAUUGUGUAGUUGGAGUUAUAUCUGCUGAUGGAGAGAAGUUAUUGCAUAAAGUUGAUCUCAAGUUCAAUAGAAGUGUCCUCAACCAUGACAUAGGGGUUACAAAAAACUACAACGUGAUCAUUGAUCAUCCUCUGAUAGUUGACAUAACAAGAGUCAUCAAGGGUGGACAAUUGAUGAAGUAUGAGGAGAAAGCGACUGCCAGGAUUGGAGUGAUGCCUCGUUACGGGAGUGCAGAGUCAGUCAAGUGGUUUGAAGUAGAACCAAACUGCACAUUUCAUAUUGUUAAUUGUUUUGAGGACAGUAAUGAGGUUGUUGUGCGGGGAUGUAAGGCUGUUACAGCCAUCAUACCGGGUCCAGAUUGGGGUCAGGACAAGUUUGAGUGGUUCUCGAAAGGAUUUAAGUCAGAUGAUGCUGAUGGUUUAACAGAAAGUGGGUAUCUCUUGCACCGCGUACAUGAAUGGAGACUAAACGUGGCAACUGGGGAGGUUAAGGAGAAAUAUCUAACAGGUGCUGACUGCUCCAUGGAUUUUCCUUUCAUCAAUGAAGAUGUCACUGGUUUAAAACACAAGUAUGGGUACACACAAGUCAUCGAUUCCUUGGCAAGCUCUAUUUCUGGAAUCUGUAAAUAUGGAUCCGUAGCCAAAUUACACUUUAAUGAAGAAAUCAAUGAACAACCGGUAAAGGCAGAGUAUCAUAAGUUUCCAGAGAACACAUUCUGCACAGGAAGCACCUUUGUGCCUAAACAGGGAGGCGUUGAAGAAGAUGAUGGUUUGAUUAUUACUUUUGUACACAAUGAAGAACGUAAUGUGUCUCAAGUUUAUAUAAUAGAUGCAAAGAAGUUUGAAAGUGAUCCAAUUGCCAUAUUAACUCUGCCCCAGAGAGUGCCUUAUGGUCAUCAUGGAGUCUUUGUUUCCAUGCCAAAUCAAGCUUAGCAUGCCUUCUUUUUUGUACCGAAUAUGACUUUGGUCUUUGCAUGUAAAAUGAUCUCUAGAUUUCUUUUUUUUUUUCCCCUUCAUCUUUUCUAUUUGUUUUUGGGUUGAAAAAGUUGCACAAAGUGAGUUUUACGUGUAACUUCCAAGUUUAAUCGUUUGAUGAUGUGUUUCAGUUUCAAGAAAUUGGAGAC